UCCGUUGACAGACAGGCAUCGAAGUACCAACGAGCUUCUCAAACGACCAACUUCGCCACCGAACCAUCCACACAACCUUAGCCAUGAAGUUCCAGCUCCUCCUCGUCCUUGUGGGUCUCGCCGCCUUCGCCUUCGCCCGCCCCGACGUCCUGGACUUCGAGGGCGACGACCACGAGCACGAGCAGGAGGGAGAACCAGGGAACUCCGUCGAGGGGACGUACAGCUGGACGUCUCCCGAAGGCGAGGAGUUCUUCGUGAAGUAUGUGGCUGACGAGGACGGCUACCGCGUGGUGGAGUCCAACGCCGUCCCUCGCACUCACGACGGCGUGGCAGCGGACGGGAACCAGGGGUCUUUUGAUGACGAGGAAGAGGAAGAAGGUGAUGACGAAUAGAAAGUAGAUUGCGAUGAAGAGUAGGAAUAAGAAAUGGUACGUUUUCACAUAAUAUCGAAAAAACGAAGAAGACAAAAGAUACGACAGGAAAAGAAAUUACUAAAAAAGAAAGUAAUCUUAAUCCGCCGUGAAAUAAAGAGAGAAGAAAACUUUUAUAGGAACACGAGAAAGCAAAAUGUUUUCUCAACGAAUGUUCUCUUCCGUCGUUGCCAUGUCUCAUCUGAUGUGAUAUUCUUGUGGCUUGAUGUGGAUUCGUGUGUUUAUUUCCUGUUUCAUUUUAUUUCUAUUCUAAAUCGUCUCGUGAAGUAAUAUAAGUACAAAUGUUUAAUAGUGCACCCAUGCCAUUGUGAAUAAGUGUUAAUAAAUAAUCUAUAUCAAUGUAA